UCGUUUUGCGCGACGAUUUUGCCAAUGUCAGGGUUGAGAGACAUGUGUAAAAGUUUUUAUUAAAGGCCACACCAAAAAACGUCAAUGUCAAAUCGUGCUCGACUGAAGUUGACUGCCACAUCAACUGUCAUUUGCUUAGCUUACGUUCGCUUUCAUUGUCGGUGGCGCUUACCAUAUAAAGAUUUUUUACAGUUCUUCUACGUUUACUCAUAGAAUCAUAUUAAAAUGCGUAACGUAGAAAUAAAAGCAAAGAUUGCCGAUUUGGAUAGAAUAUGCCAAAUCGCCGAAAAACUGAGUGGUGGACAGGCAACAAUCAUAAAACAAGAAGAUAACUUUUACAAAGUAAAUGAAGGCAGACUCAAAAUGAGAUUUUACGGAGAUUCAUCAGCUACUUUAGUUCGUUACUCUAGAGAUGAUCAAAAAGGGCCAAAGUUCAGUGACUACGAUCUACUUCACUUUUCAGUGGCUGAAAGUCAAAAAGCAAAGCUCUUAGAUGAUAUGUUGAAAAAAAGUGUCGGUUUGCGCGGGAAAGUUGCUAAAACGCGACGACUCUACAUGUUAGGCCAAACACGGAUCCACGUAGACACAGUUACUGAUUUAGGCGAUUUCAUGGAACUAGAAGUUGUUCUACAGCCUGAACAGACUGUUGCUGAAGGAGAACAAAUUGCAAGAUUAUUGCAAGUGAAAUUGGAAGUAAAAGAUGAAGAUUUGAUUGAUUGUGCUUAUAUGGAUAUGUUGGAGGAGAAACAAUGAUUUAUUAUACAAAUACUUAAAAUUAUGUUGUUUAAAAUAUUAUUACAUCAGAUAAAAGAUACAUUUUCGAAACAGGCAAAGGCUGUGGAUGAAAAAUAAUGAACCUGAUAUUUUAUUAAAGU